AUGCUUGGCGACUGCGUGUUCGAGUGGGAUGUGCGGGAGCUGCAACGCGCGCGCACCUCCUGCACGGCGGGUGCUGUUGUGUACGGCGCUCUCCCAAUGUGCUUCAAGUGGACGCCGGUAGAUGCACUGCCCACGGCCGCGGUGGAGACGAGGCAGAAGAAGGCGACGCCGUCCGACGUUUCUGCAGGCUUGCGGCACUUUUGCCGCCGUGUCGGAUAUACGGCGUGGGUCUGUGACAACCGAUUCGCCAUGAUAGACGGCGGUAUCUACGCACAGCCAGAAACAACAACAACGGCAGCGGUGUCACAGUCACCGCGACCGCCGUCUUCAAGACGACAAUCUAACAGGACGGCGCGGCGUUGGCGAGGACGAUUGGCCCGUCGCGUCUUGGAGCCUUCUGCCGAGACCGUUGUUGCCGUUGCUGCUACUAGUGGUGGUGGUGAGUCAUCCGUCCCCGACGUGGCCACGACGCUUCUCUGCUACGACUUGAAACAGCACAGCUGGAGCGUCACGUGCACCACGCGGGACGAGACGGGUGAUGGUGCGGAGGGUCCGCGCGUGUUUCACUCUGCCGCUGUCGUGGGUGACAAGGUGUGGUGCUUCGGCGGGUGCAGCGUGGCCACUGCGCGCGGGACGCUGUCGCCUCUUUGCAACGUGCUGAAGUGCCUCCACCUUCCCGCGCGCCAGUGGAGCACAGUGACGCCACUGCUGCGGCUGCCGUCCCGCGCACUGCACCGUGAGCCCGCUGCGCCGCUCUUCGCUGUGCGGACGCCACUCGCGUCGUCGCCGCCACCGCUUGCGUGCCACACGGCGGUGGCGUGGGAUGCAGAAAUGUACGUGUUCGGUGGACUGCGGGAGGAAGGCGGCACGCUUGUCCCCAGCGAUGCGCUCUACGCGUUUCACACGCGCCGUGUUGCGUGG